AUGAACAAUUUAAUUAAAGAUUAUAUUAAAAAUACAGAAUUAGAUAAACAAAUCACAGAUUUGUCAACAAUUACAAUAGAUUGUGAUAAUGAUAAUGAUUUGGUUAAAAAAAUAUUUGAAUCUUUAGAUAACGAUAAAAAUGAAGAUUAUUAUAAAGGUUUUUAUAAUUUUACAAUUCCUAAACUUGGUGAAAAUGGCUCAUGUAGUAUGAAAACCGAGUUUGAGCAAUUUGAUCUCACAACUGUAUAUGGUGAAAGAAGCUCAACUUCAGAUUUACAUCUUUGGAGAUUAUAUCAAAUCAUAAAUGAAUUACAAAAAUUAACAAAUGUUGAUUGGCUUGGAAUUUAUAAAAAGACAACUUAUAAAAAUUCAAAUAAUGAAAAUGAAGAUUGUCUUUUAAAACUUGCAUAUUAUGGUGAAUUUAGUAGACCAAUUUUCCCAUUAACUGAUUAUUUUCAAACAAUUUCCAAUAAUUCAUGGGUUGGUCUAAAUGGUAAAUCAAAAGUAAUUCAAAGUUUAGCAACAUAUGAAGGUGUUUAUUAUAAUUGUUCAGAUAAAGUAAAGAGUGAAAUUUGUAUUCCAAUUUUUGAUAAAAAUCAAAAUGUAAUUGGUAUUAUUGAUGCUGAAUCAUGGAAGGAUAAUCAUUUUAGUUCAAAAAUUUUAUUAGAAAUUGUAAAAGUUGCUAUUUCUCUUUCAAAUUAUCUUUAA